AUGCCGCUCGAAAUCCGUCGCGUUGAAGAGGCCGACAUCCCGCGGUUCGUGACGGUGACGAACGCCGCCCUCGAUGCCUCUGGCAUCGGUUGCGCCAUGCACGGCGACACGCCGCACCCGGCAUACCUCGCGCACCGCCAGGAGAAGCUCCUCAAGAGCCUAUCCAAGCCAAAUAUUCACCAUCUGAAGGUCGUCGACACAGACAACAACGACGAGCUCAUAGCCGGUGCCGUCUGGGCCGUUUUCGAUCACGGCCGGUCGGACGACGAGAUCAGAGAGCUGGAGCAGCCUUUUGAGCCCAUCGAGGAGGAGCGUGAGCGCUUUGGCCGUAUUCAGACCGCCUUCUUCAGCUACCUCAACCGCGUGAGGCUCCAGAUGGGCAAGACUCCGCACUACUUUCUCAACCUUCUUGUCACGCACCCGGGCCAUCACCGCCGUGGUGCAGGCGCCAUGCUCAUCCGCUGGGGUACUGAGCAAGCCGACAAGGCCGGCCUGAUCUGUUUCCUCGAGGCCACCGAGACCGGAAGAGCUCUGUACAAGCGUCACGGCUUUGAGGACCAAAACACUGUAGAAUUCGACCUCUCCGAGUAUGGCGGUAGCGGCAUCAACAAGAACACCACAAUGAUCAGGCAGCCGGUGAAGAACUGA